AUGGCCAUAAAUGGCUUUGAAGCUUAUGAUUGCACAAUUGAUGAAGAAGUCCAUGUUAUGACCAGCUUGAUGUGUUUCACUGCAGAUUCCCCAAUGCACGCCGAAAUCACCAACACCCAUGUUCCAGGAAAUUCUCUUAACUCUUGUCGCUAUUGUACCUUGAGUUCCCCAACUUUGGCCGACAGAAAGAAGAUACCUUAUGUGGGAAAAUUUGUGCAGAAGAACUCACAUGGAUCAAAUUGCCCAAAUAAUAUGAGAACCAUGGAGCAGACUAUUGAAAACUCCAAGAAACUCUGGACGUUUGCAAAAAACCGUUAA